ACCCUAUAAGGUGUGCUUCCAUUCAGUAUACUCCGAAUGGACGUGAUUCAAUGCAGAUGUCUCCGUGCGCCGGAGGCGUGGCUCCGCCCCCCUCGGCUCCGCCCUCUCAUCUAGGCUCAGGUGCACAAGCCGGAAGUGCUCUCCCCUCCCAGGUGCCGGGUCACAGGUACCCCGGGCCCAAGAUGCGGUAGAAGCGGCACGCAGGAGAAGCCGGGUCCCUGGCGCCACCCACCUGCCGCCCAGCCCAUGGCGACCCCGGUCCUGGGGCCGCUUUUGGCGCUUGGCCUGCCAUUGCUGCCGGCCCUCUGGAGCCGAGCCUGGGGGCAAGCACUGAACACAAAUGACACCACUAUUUCGCCCACAGUCCCCAGCUCCGGUGGUGGCCUGUCUCAGGGGGCCAUCACUGCUAUCAUUGUGGUGUUUUCCAUUCUGGGUGUCCUGCUCCUGGCUGUGGGGCUGGCGCUGCUGGUUCGGAAACUUCGAGAGAAGAGGCAGACGGAAGGCACCUACCGGCCCAGCAGCGAGGAGCAGUUCUCCCACGCAGCGGAGGCCCGGGCCUCACAGGACUCCAAGGAGCCGGUGCGGGGCUGCCUGCCCAUCUAGGUCCCCUCCCCUUCAUCUCCCUUCCCUUGCUGUGUGACCCUGGGGGAAGGCAGCGCCCUCUCUGGGCAAUCACACUCACCCAGUGCUUAAGAAUAGAAGGGAAGAAGGUGCUUCAAAGACUUUGCCUUUGAGGGUAAGGGAGGGUGCGGCUGCUCAUUUUUUAUAUAUUUAUAUAAAGUUGGUAGAGCUGUAA